GCCUGGCCCCGCCCCGCGGAGCCGAGCCGCACCGCGCCGCCGCCGCGUCCUUCUGUCCCGCUCCGCGCUGCUGCUCCCGGCGGGCCGGGCCGGGGAGCCGAGCCGAGCCAGGCCAAAGCGGGCCGCGGUGGCCGCCCAUGUGCCGUGCGCUGCCGGCCUGAUCCCCCACACGAAGGCGGGCCGAGAGGCGACGGGCCGCGCCUGGCAGCGCCCUCCAUGCACCCUGCGCAGCCCCCGCGGCGGCCCGGCCCCGGGCCAUGAGGGCGGCGUAGUUCCGACACCGCCCCGCUCGGCGCGGCCCGGCCCGGCGCGGCCCGGCCCGGUAUGGCAAGAGGUGGUGGCGCCCCCUGCCGGGAAGGGGGGGUGCUGCGGGCGGGCGGCCGCCCCCCGCCGUUACUGGUGCUACUGGUGCUGCUGGCGGGGGCGGCGGGCGAGGAGAUCAACGCAGAGGCAUGGCUGCGGCUCUACGGCUACCUGCCACAGCCCAGCCGGCAGAUGUCCACCAUGCGCUCGGCUCAGACCUUCUCCUCGGCCCUCGCUGAGAUGCAGAAGUUUUACGGCAUCACCGUCACUGGCAUCCUGGAUGAGGAGACCAAGGCGUGGAUGAAACGUCCCCGCUGUGGGGUCCCGGACCAGUUUGGGGCACGGAUGAAGUCCAAUAUGCGGCGGAAGCGGUAUGCACUGACAGGGCGGCGCUGGAGCCAGAGCCAUCUCACCUUCAGCAUCCAAAACUACACGGAGAAGCUGGGUCGGUACCACUCGUACGAGGCUGUCCGCCAAGCUUUCCGGGUGUGGGAGCAAGCCACGCCACUGGUUUUCCGGGAGGUGCCCUAUGAGGACAUCCGGCAGAAGCGGAAGAAGGAGGCCGACAUCAUGGUCCUCUUCGCCUCUGGCUUCCAUGGAGACAGCUCCCCCUUCGACGGCAUCGGGGGGUUUUUGGCUCAUGCCUAUUUUCCUGGUCCUGGCAUGGGGGGGGACACGCAUUUCGACUCAGAUGAGCCCUGGACUCUGGAGAACACAGAUGUGUCUGGGAACAACCUUUUCUUGGUGGCCGUGCAUGAGCUGGGGCACUCGCUGGGCUUGGAGCACUCCAGCAACCCCAGCGCUAUCAUGGCCCCCUUUUACCAGUGGAUGGAUACGGAGAACUUCCAGCUGCCUGAGGAUGACCUCAAGGGCAUCCAGCAGCUGUAUGGUACCAUGGAUGGACACCCUCAGCCCACCAAGCCUUUGCCCACCGUGACAGCCCGGCGACCUGGCAGGCCAGACCAGAGACCCCCUAAGCCACCCCCUCCAGGGAAACCAGAGCAACCCCCCAAACCUGGCAGCCCAGACCGGCCUGACCAGUACGGCCCUGACAUCUGUGAUGGGAACUUUGACACAGUGGCAGUGCUGCGUGGGGAGAUGUUCGUGUUCAAGGGCCGGUGGUUCUGGAGAGUCCGGCACAACCGGGUGCUGGACAACUACCCCAUGCCCAUUGGGCACUUCUGGCGGGGCCUCCCUGGGGACAUCGAUGCCGCCUAUGAGAGGCAUGAUGGGAGAUUCGUCUUCUUUAAAGGUGACCGGUACUGGCUCUUCCGAGAAGCCAACCUGGAGCCUGGGUACCCGCAGCCCCUGGUCACCUAUGGGCAGGGCAUCCCCUACGACGGCAUUGACACGGCCAUCUGGUGGGAACCCACGGGGCACACCUUCUUCUUCCGUGGGGACAGAUACUGGCGCUUUAAUGAAGACACCCGCUUGGUGGACCCUGGGUACCCAAAGCCUAUCUCUGUCUGGGUGGGCAUCCCUCCCUCACCCAAGGGUGCCUUCCUCAGCCCGGAUGCCUCCUCCACCUACUUCUACAGAGGCACAAAGUACUGGAAAUUUGACAACGAGCGUCUCAAGACAGAGCCGGGUUAUCCCAAAUCCAUGCUACGGGACUUCAUGGGCUGUCACACGGAGCUGAUCCCAGACCCCCAUCCCCGCUGGCCUGAUGGGGACCGACCCCCCUUCAACCCGGAUGGGGACGGGCGGGCUGAAGGUGAGGAGGAGGAGGAAGAGGAGGAGGAGAAAGAGGAGGAGGAGGAUUACAGCGAGGGUGGCCGUCAGCCAGGCGGGGAUGUGGAUGUGGUGGUGCAGAUUGAUGAGUACACACGCACCAUGAGCGUCAUCAUGGUCCUGGUGCUGCUGGUGCUGCUUCUCUGCAUCCUCGGCCUCAUCUACGUCAUCAUCCAGAUGCAGAGGAAGGGCGCGCCCCGAAUGCUCUUGUACUGCAAGCGCUCCUUGCAGGAGUGGGUCUGACCCACCCCCAACCGCCCCCACCACCAUGGUGCUAAAGAUGGACCUGACCUCCCCCUUCCCUUACCUCUCCCUAUGGCCACAGCCUCUCUUGCCCCAUUGUAGCUUGAUGGCUCCAGCCUCAGAGAAUGCGGGGGAUGCUGACCACCCCCCCACCCAGCCCCUUCAGAGCAGCCAGGCUGGGACCAGGGGAUGGGGAGCUGGAGGCCAUCGAGGUCCCGCCUGCCCCUGCCCCUGCCAUGACCCAUCGUGUUGCACCUGCCUCUGCCAAGGGAGCCCGGCAGGGUCCCUUCCUCCUGCGUGAGCCUGCUGAGCUGCACCUGUGCCAUGUGGGGUGGUGAGGGGGCUGGGGGCUGCUCACAAGUGCUGCACUCUGGCAGGUCUCAGUUGCCAGCACCUGCAGCGACAGGGAAGCACAAGGGGAAGGGAGAGCUAGGCUCGUGGCCAUGUUGCCUGUUGAAUGCAGGGAUACAGGGAUGUGCCUAAAGAUCGUGUGAGGCAGGAGGGGCCACCUUUGCAGCCCCCCCACUAUGGGCUCAGCUGAGCCCAGACCCUGCUGCUGCCGCGGGGUGAAGCCCUGGGGACACGCAGUCCAGUGGGCCGGGCAGCGGGCAUGGCCACCUUGUACGUGUAUUAAACGGGUUGGGUGCGUGGAGAA